UCUCCUAUAUGGAUGCUAUCACAAUUUUGGGCUUGGUCUACUGGCUAAUCUGUAUGAUUUUGUUCGGGCCAUUGAUGUUCUUUGUCUGCGUUUACCUGCCGGAAGUUCCGGUGCGAUAUGUGAAGAGUCUGAGGCAGCACUACUUGACCACAAAUUAGACAAGUCCAUAGUACAUAGAGUAAUCAAGCCAUAAUUGAAAUGUUAUUGAUGUACAACCGAUCGAUUUGUAAUAAAAGCCUACUCAAAAGUGCAUUCAAAUUA